AAUAUUAGGUUACUCAAAAUCACUUACAGGUAAUUGUUUACUUCAAAAAUGGACUGGCGUCCGGAAAAAAAUGAUAAAUGAAUCGUUACAUCAAUUAAAACAACAUUGAUUGUAUCUGUAAGCAUAUAAUUUGACCUUUCCCUCAAGUUUGGGUUCGUAAUACUAAUAUCUCUUGUGGUUUACAAUAUCACUUGCAUCCUUUGUUUCGAAAAGCUGAUAUUUAUAGCAAAACCAGCAGCGAGUAAGAGUUUGUGUUAUAGCUUUCAAGUAUCUACAAACAAUCACAAAGAAAUGGCUACAAAGAAUUGAGAGACUCCUACAAAGAAUUAGUCAACACUGUCUAUAGAACUGAGGCUAAAGUUGUUGAUUUUAGACGCAAGGAAGAGUACGUAGAAGAAGCUAACUUAUGGGCAAAGUCUGCAUCAAAAGGACUUAUCAUAGAAGUUCUAAAGACCAAGCACCUCAACGACUUUGCAGCGGUCAUUUCGGCAAAUGCCUUAUAUUUUAUGGAUCAUAUGAAGGUUAUCAAGUUGCUAAAAUUUGAUAUGGAAUUGGAGAAGACAAUAAAGAGAUCUCUAUGUUUAUUUUCCUUCCAAAUGAAAAAGAUGGAUUGCCUAGUCUAUUGACAAAAGUGAAUUCUAAUCCAAAAUUCUUUACCCAAAAAUUCAGGCUUUGGAAGGAAAAACUUGAUGCAUUCUACAUUCCAAAGUUCAAAUUCUCAUACGCUGCUAUGGAUCAAGUGAUAGAAACAAUGAAGGAAAUGGGAUUGACUCUGCCUUUUGACGAAGAAUUCAGAGAGACAACUGAGAUUGUGGAAGAUAAAGGGUCAUUCUUUAUCAACAGGAUAUUACAAAAAGCAUUUGUGGAAAUAAAUGAGAAGGGUACUGAGGCAGCAGCUGUUACUUUUGAGUCAGAUGAUGACCUGGGAUUUUCAUUGGAGGAUUUAAGUUUUGUAGCAGAUCACCCUUUCUUAUUCAUGAUAAAGGGAAAAGGUUUCAAGAUUGGUGAUAUUCACUGGAGCUGUACUAAAUCCUUUGAGUUCGUCAAAUGAUUCAGAUGACUAAGAAAGAGACAUGGGAUUUUUUUUUUUUGUGUGUGUGUGUGUGACAUUGGCUAUUUGUGGAGG